AAGUCGAUUAAUGGAUUAGUCGAAGGUCGGUUUUUGGAUCCGUAGUCAAUUUUUGGAUCUAUAGGCAAUUUAACUAAAAUCAAUUUCAUAAAAUAAUAAAUUAAAAAAUGUUGAACUUGUCUAGGGCCGUAGUUCGCAGUUUCACCACUUCUGGUGCCCAACGUGCUGUUGUCAAAGGAGAAGUUGAAAAAGGCUACUUCGAAAUCAAGAAAGUACAAGAACACUUCCAAAAAAAAGAUGGCAAACCAGUAUUCUUGAAGGGAUCAGCCGUCGACCAAAUCUUGUACCGUAUCACCGUAGCUCUUAGUUUGGUUGGCAUUGGUGGAAUGGGCAAAUUGUUCUAUGAACUUUCUGUUCCUAAAUCGGAAUAAGCCUUCAAAUCCCGUUGUAAAAAAAAUAAGUUCCAUUUCAAUGUAGGCUCCUUUCCUAUAUUUCUGUGUUUUUAUCACGCAUUUAGACCCUUUUAACCCAUGUGCACGAACGAACGAGGAAACUGUAUUUGUGAUGCUUUAGUGUCAUGUCAACUUGUUACAUUCUUUAACAAAGCAUUUAAAACAUAGAAAUAUAUGAAAUUUAAGCUUAAUAAAUUAGUUCGCUUUUGAGAA